AUGUCGACCCUCUCAGCCUUGCGCAACUGGGAGGCCGAAAACAAUGUCAUCACCAUCGACCCGUUCGAAAAUGCCCUCUAUAAUCUCCCAGACCCCGCCGCCUACAGAACCUUGCAAGACUCCGCUCCAUGGAAGAAAGAUCCCAAUUAUUUCACUCAUGUCCGCAUAUCUGCCCUGGCCCUCCUCAAAAUGACGACCCACGCUCGCUCUGGAGGUAGUCUCGAAAUCAUGGGUCUAAUGAUUGGCUACGUCUCCGGUCGAUCUCUCGUCAUAACAGAUGCUUUUCGGCUUCCGGUCGAGGGGACAGAAACACGAGUCAAUGCGCACGCGGAUGCUGAUGAGUACAUGGUCAACUUUGGCAUCGCAUCUAGAGAAGGUGGAGGUCAGCUGGAAAACGCCGUGGGGUGGUACCAUUCUCAUCCGGGUUAUGGUUGUUGGCUCUCAGGCAUAGAUGUUCAUACUCAAAAGAUACAUCAGAUGGCCAACGACCCCUUUGUUGCAGUGGUGAUUGACCCAGACCGGACCGUCUCCGCCGGCAAAGUCGAAAUUGGGGCCUUCAGGACAUACCCCGAGGGUCACCAGCCGAAGGACAAGCAAUUUACAGAUGACAGCGACGAGUAUCAAGCAAUUCCUCAGGAUAAGAUACAAGACUUUGGUGUCCAUGCCAAUUCUUACUAUCCACUCGAGGUCACUCACUACAAAUCCACCCUCGAUACCCAUCUGCUCGGUCUCUUGUGGAACAAGUACUGGACAUCGACGCUCUCGCAGUCACCCUUGUUCACCAAUCGCGACUUCACAAAUAAGCAGAUCGCCGACCACGCAGUCAAGAUCAAGGCGGCAGCCACCAAACAGAGGACUGGUGCAAGCAUGAGCCGACGAGGCCAAGAGCUGGUUGGACCGGGAGACAAGAAUUUCAAGGUUGUACGGGAUGGUACCCUGGAGCAGAUUGUUCGAGGCGGCAAUAAGAUAGCAACGGAGGAGAUCGCUGGACUGUUGGCAAAUGAAGUCAAGCAAAAACUGUUCUGGGGAGUGGUCCAGGAGGCCAGGCACAAGGCAGCUCACCAGACGGCCCCUACGACUACAGAAGUGUCGACAGCGAGCAACGGCGGUUGA